GAUGGUGUGAGAGACUUCGACACGGAUGUAAACCCGUUUACCACGACCCAGAGAAAGACGGAGAACGUUUCCAUCCCCUCCAAAGGCUCCUUCCCAGACGACUCCGUUUUCUCCAGGUGCAGUCACCGUUCUACUCCAGUCACCACCAGUUAACUUCGUCCUUCAGCUUUGAUUCCUCUGACACUUUGGGGUCUGAGGAGCAUAAUCAUGGGCCUGUUUAGGGGGGAUUCACAUGCCUUUUGGCCUUCCCGGCAUCACUCUUUUUUGUGUGUGUGUGUGGGGGGGGCAUCCCUCUUGACGUGCUCUCGUAAAACCUCACGACAGUCCUAUGAAGUGGGUGUUGCUAGCUCAUUUUCUAGAAAAGGGGAUUAAGGCUCACCGAGGUUAAGAGAAUUACCCCAGAUGAAAGAACGGUUACUAACAGAGGUAAGAAUGAACUUGCAUCCUCUCUAGGAAAGCCCCCUCCUACUAGAAAAGCCCAGGCGGUCCCCCAUCCGCAGGGCCUCCUGUGCUUUCCAGGUAGUUUUGCUCCCUGUUUGUUUCAUGCAGCCCCCAGUUGGCAGGGAUCGUGCCUUCCUGGUUUGGUGAUCCCAUGGUACCAAGCAACUCGGGAGCAGGACGUUGACCAGGGGCCAGUCAGCGGAUGAGGGCCGCUGGCUGCUCAGCUCUGCUUUUGUGCGUGGCCAGGAGGAAGCCUGCAGAGACGAUGCCCCGGCACUCAUCCAGGCCCCUGCUCCAGGCUGGAAGGAAGGUGCCCAGUGCGUGGAGAAAAUGCCCGGACGGCCUGUUGUGAGUCAGCUCCGAGCAGCACGGCGUUUCUUCGGUCCCUCUUGCUGCCUCCCUUUUGGUGUCCCUCUCAUGGCAGGAAUUUGGUUCUGAAUGUGAGGCCUGGACCCACUCCCUGCUCUUGGGUGACCUGAGUUAAGCAGGCUAAAAUAAUGCCACUGCCCUGAGCACGUGGGUAUUCUAAUCUGAGAGUGCCUGUCUGCUGGCGUCCCCAAGGACAUGGCAACACCCUUGCCUCUCCUUCGUGCUGGAGGCCCUCUGGGGCGGGGCUCGGCAGGAGGCAAGCAGUUCAUGGGUCUGAAAGGGCUAAGUUCCAGGGUCAGCCCUCGGCUUUCCCCACUUGUGACCAGUUUCGCCCCACUGGGAGUUACACCCUGAAGCUCCUAGAGCCUCAGCUCUUGGCGUUCGUUUGCAGUUCAGAGGGCUGCCUCGUGAGGAAGGAUCAUGCUCCUUCGUAAUAGUUGACCCACUCGGGCGUGUGUCAGAGGCACAAAUCCUCAGCCCCCUCCUCCGUAAGAGGACCCUCUAGUGCUCAGGAGGUCGUCAGGACCGGAAGCCGUGGGGGUCCCUGGUUUCAGUUGCCCAGUCUCUGCUUGGGGAGAAGUGACAUUGCCCGGCGAGUGACGGGCCAGCCUUGUUGUCUGAAACAAGAUCUUUCUCUGUGGUACAUCUGGAACUUGGCCUUCUCAAGGGUCCCAAAAUAGCCGGGCCGCUGAAGGGAGAGCUUCGUGAGAGGACAUGAGAGAGACCCAGCCGCUCCUCGCCAAGCAAGCUUUGUUGGCAUCACAGGACCAGCACAAUUAAUCCCCGGGUUUUGUUCUCAUCCUGUGCUGCUUCUGCAUUCCUUGUGUAUCUCCCUUUCUCGCAGCUUGUUCUGAAAAUAUUCCUGAGGAGGCAGCGUCCCGCUGCCGCCCCUUCUCGGCAGACUUCCAGGCUGUGGCCUGCGUUGGGGUCCAGCACGAGUCUGUAUCGCUAGGAGACAUGAGGCCCUUUUAGAAAGCAGAGAAGCUGGCUGUGGCUUAGGGAGCUGGGAUUGAAUGCUCCUCUCACCUUCUGAUCUGGGUCUGAAGAUUUGGGAGGCGGAAACCGCAUCCUCUGCAAACGGGCCUUCGAGGGAGGGCUCCAGGCCGCUGCCCACGAGGGAAGGCCACGCCGUUUACCCCCGGCUCCGGCCAGGCUACAUUCCCAUCCCCGUCCUCCACGACCGUGCCCAGAGCCGGCAGCCACAUCCUGUCUUCGCCUACCCCCAGCCUGGGACGCAGCGCUUCCAAACCGAGGUAGCCCCGGCGGCCCCGCAGAGGCCCCAGUCACCUCUGCGGGGAGUGGCGGAAGCCACCCAACCAGAUAAACAGUGUGGACAGGCGGUAGCGGCUGCGGCAGCCCAGCCCCCAGCCUCCCAUGGACCUGAGCGAUCCCAGUCUCCGGCUGCCUCGGACUGCUCAUCCUCGUCCUCCUCGGCCAGCCUGCCCUCCUCCUCUGGCAGGAGCAGCCUGGGCAGUCACCAGCUCCCCCGGGGCUACAUCUCCAUCCCUGUGAUACAUGAGCAGAAUGUCACCCGGCCGGCAGCCCAGCCCUCCUUCCACCAAGCCCAGAAGACCCACUACCCAGCUCAGCAGGGCGAAUACCAGACCCACCAGCCUGUGUACCACAAGAUCCAGGGAGAUGACUGGGAGCCCCGGACCGUGUGGGCAGCAUCCCCCUUCCGGUCACCUGUCCGGGGUGCGUCCAGCCGGGAGGGCUCUCCAGCCAGAAGCAGCACGCCGGUGCACACCCCGCCGUCCGUCCGCGUGCAAACCGUGGUCGACAGGCCUCAGCAACCCAUGACCCAUCGAGAACCUUCACCUAUUCCCCAACCUGAAAACAAACCAGAAAGCAAGCCAGGCCCAGCUGGACCAGAUCUCGCUCCUGGACACAUCCCGAUUCAAGUGAUCCGCAAAGAGGUGGAUUCUCAACCUGUUUCGCAGAAGCCCCUGCCUCCCUCUGAGAAAGUGGAAGUAAAGGUUCCCUCUGCUCCGGUGCCUUGUCCUCCCAGCCCGGCCCCUUCUGCCGUCCCCUCUCCCCCCAAGAACGUGGCUGCAGAAGAGAGAGCAGCCCCCAGCCCUGCCCCUGCAGAAGCCACACCCCCAAAACCAGGAGAAGCUGAGGUACCCCCAAAACAUCCAGGUGUGCUGAAAGUAGAAGCCAUCUUGGAGAAGGUGCAAGGGCUGGAGCAGGCUGUGGACAACUUUGAAGGCAAGAAGACAGACAAAAAGUACCUGAUGAUAGAAGAGUAUUUGACCAAAGAGCUACUGGCCCUGGAUUCGGUAGACCCAGAAGGACGCGCUGAUGUCCGCCAGGCCAGGAGAGAUGGCGUCAGGAAGGUUCAGACCAUCCUGGAAAAACUUGAACAGAAAGCAAUAGAUGUCCCAGGUCAAGUCCAGGUUUAUGAACUCCAGCCCAGCUCCCUUGACACCGAUCAGCCACUUCAGGAAAUCAUGGAGAUGGGUGCCGUGACAGCAGACAAGAGCAAGAAAAGUGCUGGAAAUGGAGAAUAUCCCAGUACUGAAACCCAGCAGCCAGAAGCCAAAGCAGCAGCAGCUCCAAACCCCAGCAGCACGACAGACACAGCUGCAAACCCAGCAGCACCAUAGUCUCCACGAAAUAAAAAAUCAGCCCCGGAGACCGGGAACUGAUUGUGUGCUUUAGAGAAUUUUAAGUUGCAUGCAUUUCAGGGCCUUAAAACCAGUUGGUUUUUACUCUUCAUAGCUGCUUGGUAGGCAGUAACUUGGGUGGAGGUGAAACACACUAAUAAAAGGCCUAAAAGGAGAAUGAUGCUUUUCCUGUGUAUUCAUAUUCUGUACAAAUAAAGAAGUUGCUUGUUACAGAAGUUUAACCCCAUAGCUUGCUGUUUUGGAGCCCUCUCUGUAUGGGUCCCACAUGUUAGUCAUGGAUGUGAACUGUCUUUCUACAGCUCUGGACUGAAGGAGUUUUUGCAGGGGUAGAUGGGGAGUCGAUUUCUCAUCAGUAAAUAUGAAACCCAUUUUUCAGAAGUGUUGCCAUUUUAGUGGGAUGAUUUUUGUCAUCUCAUAGCUAAAAUACUUAACUUUAGAUAGAAUAAAAUGUGUAAGGAGCCGUAGGAAUAUCUGUAUGUUGGAUGACUUUAAUGCUACAUUUAAAAAAAGGAAAAUAAAGUAAUAAUGUAAC